GACUAGAGAAUGGGGAACAAAUUGAUGCCAUGUCGCAGAUGCAUGGAGGGGGUCACAAGAUCUUCCAAAUUCCUACUGGCUUAGUGAAGUCAAGUUCAGUUUCUGUCAAAUUUGUACCCAGUCAUCUCCAGUACUUUGUUUUAAGACAUGGAGAUCUGGAUAGGUUCUUAAACUUGCAUUAUGGCAUAACAUGAUUUGAUGUUUGAACUUUCUGUGGAUCAUCAAUGGAAAUGAAUUAGUAGUUUUCUCAGGUGCGAUUGCAACUAGCCAUCUUCCUGUUCUACUGGCCUGAUCAUUCCUGUUUCCUAUGUUAUUCUGCGAUGAUGACUAUGUACUUCUGUUAUACUGUUCAUACUACUUGUGAUUGCUCUGUUAACGAUUUGUGUCCUCUGAAAGAUUGGAUGUUGCCUGCACGUAAAUGUGCAGUAGAGAAAACAUUGAAGAACACUGUGUUCAGUGUUCAUAAGCGAGCAGUAAUCUUGUGAUGGGAAUAGGAAUACGAAGAGUUGUUGAUUUUGCUUGUCAAAAAACCUUCAUAUUGCAAAUAGGAUGAUGAAACUAAGACAUACAGAGUCACUCUGUUCACGUCGAAUCAGACUCAAUUUAGUGUCAUCUCAGGGUGAGCUUAACUGUUUGGACAGAAAUCUCCUCGGACCAUCUUUUGUUCUUCAUCAGCUAUUGUGCCUUGCUGGUUUUGCUAAUCCAUUCACAGGAACCCUUGCCGGAAACGGGCUUGAGUUGACCGAGUGAGAUUGACCAUUUUCAAUCAUUAAGAAAGCUGUUCAAGGAAGUCCAAGCCGAACUUCAGCUAAAUUUACUAGUGGAUCGCCUGAAGAAAGAUAUGAAUAACCAGACAAUCAAUGAAUGCAUUGAACUGCAAAAAUCUUACACCUCAGAGAACAUCUGAGAGGAAGUUUCAUGACCCUCAUGUGUGUGUAACCUAAGACUACAGGGUCAUGGAAGAUAUUAGGGAUUUAAGAGAUGAGUUCUCAGGGAGACUGAAAAACUUACCUGACCAUGUCUUGGCAAGACUGAAGGCAAUUCUUGAAGGCCACCGUGACCUGAUACGGGGGUUCAACGUUUUCUUGCUGCCCUCGCAUCGUUUUAGCGUUGAUGAUGAUGAUGAUGAAGACGAUGACAGUGAGGCAGCAGAGGUAGCGGAGGAGGAGGAUAAGAUGGAAGCUGCGGCUGCUUUAGCAGAGAAAACAAAACUACUACGUGGAUUUGAAGGAGCUCACGAUUUUACAAAGAAGCUGAGGAUGCGUGGCAAGAAGGUUUGGGAAGAUUUUGCGAAGAUUUUAAGAAAUGCCAAGGGCAUUAGUGAUCUCUUCAGAUUUAUUGUUCCGCUGUGCGGAGACGAUGCUGAUUUUAUAGAGUUACGCGAGCUUGUGAAGCACCUUCAUCGGUAGCAUCUCAAAGUCCAGAUUCUCAAGAUAAAGAUGUGAAAAACAGCGGAGCAGUACUAAUUAAGGCUGGUGAAGAGCGGAAGAAGCAGC